GCCACUCGAUGAAGACCGUGGACCUCUAGGCAGAUAAACUGCUUUUAAGAGACUGGACGGAAACGGCCUUUCCGCAUUCCGCGGCACCCGGACCCUUUGCGGCUCCAGAGCGGGGCGUAGCGUACGCGGCUCGGCACACAGACGCUGCCGAAGUUGGUUCUGUGCUUCUGUUGGAUCUGCGCCUAUUGGUACCAAAAUGAACAGGACAACGCCGCAAUAUUCAAAAUGGGCCGAAAGACGAUCUACUCUUGUAUAUGCCCUACGCUCGGCCACCUUCAGCAGCUGGAGGAUGCUGACCCUCGGAGUGGAGUACAACUCCUGGUCUCAGAGUCCAGCCGCGCCGGGCAGAGAGCAGUGCCGGCGUGGAGGCACGGAAAACGCCUCGGACCCUGAGCCGGAGCAAUCGAGUCCGAAAGCGAGCGCAGACGAAGAUCCGCAGUACUACAGCAAGGUGAUCAAACUGAAGGAAAAUGCGGAGACUUUGGCGGUUGCCGGUGAAGAUAAAAACAGCUUAUAUAGGGCUCAGCCCCUUUAUGGUGCGCAAGACGCAGAGGCGAUGAGACUGGAUGAAGGUCCUUGGAGUAUUGUCGAUCUUCAUGAAUCUUUGCAGGAUGAACUUUCCCACCCCCCGCCAUGCUUCAUGGACAGAAUGGCACGCUUCGGAGACGACUUACCUACCCGCUAUGGAAGCGGCGGUCCAGCGGGCGCCGGGCGAGGAACAGCCCGGCAAGGAGGUCCCCCAGGCGGCCAGAGGAUGUACAAGCAAUCGAUGGCCCAGAGAGCCAGGACAAUGGCCAUAUACAACCCUAUUCCUGUCAAACAGAACUGCUUCACUGUCAAUCGAUCCCUUUUUAUCUUUAGCGAAGACAAUAUCAUACGGAAAUAUGCGAAGAGAAUAAUCGAAUGGCCUCCCUUCGAGUAUAUGAUCUUGGCCACCAUCAUCGCCAACUGCAUCGUCUUGGCCCUGGAGCAGCAUCUUCCCGCCUCGGACAAGACUCCCAUGUCCGAGCGCCUGGACGACACCGAGCCCUACUUCAUUGGGAUUUUUUGUUUCGAGGCCGGCAUCAAGAUCAUUGCCCUGGGUUUCGCCUUCCACAAGGGCUCCUACCUCCGUAACGGCUGGAACGUCAUGGAUUUCGUGGUCGUUCUCACAGGGAUUUUGACUACCGUGGGCUCGCAGUUCGACUUGAGGACACUGAGGGCAGUGCGUGUGCUGAGGCCACUGAAACUGGUGUCAGGGAUUCCCAGCCUGCAGGUGGUGCUGAAGUCAAUCAUGAAGGCUAUGGUGCCACUCUUGCAGAUCGGGCUGCUGCUCUUUUUCGCCAUCGUCAUGUUCGCUAUCAUCGGCGUGGAGUUCUACAUGGGCAAGUUCCACCAUGCCUGCUUCAAGUCAGACACAAGGGAGCGGGCAGAGGAAUUCCCGUGUGGCACCGAGGCCCCAGCAAGAACGUGCCCCAAUGGCACGGUGUGCGACGAGUACUGGAUCGGCCCCAACUUCGGCAUCACCAACUUCGACAACAUCCUGUUUGCUGUGCUCACUGUCUUUCAGUGCAUCACCAUGGAGGGCUGGGUGGAGAUCCUGUACAACGCCAACGACGCCUCAGGGAACAUGUGGAACUGGAUGUACUUCAUCCCCCUCAUCAUCAUCGGGUCCUUCUUCAUGCUGAACCUGGUUCUUGGUGUCCUGUCUGGGGAGUUCGCCAAGGAGCGUGAGCGCGUGGAGAAGCGCCAGGAGUUCCUGAAGCUGCGGAGGCAGCAGCAGAUUGAGCGGGAGUUGACCGGGUACCUGGAGUGGAUAUGUAAAGCAGAGGAGGUUCUACUGGCUGAAGAAGACAGGAACGCAGAGGAGAAGGGUCCUAUAGAUGACUCCUGGUACAAGAAGAAUCAGAUCAACCCAGUGCUGAAAAGAGCAAAGGCCAAGAAGAAUAAAAAUGACCUCAUCAGCGCUGAAGAGGGUGAGGAGCAUUUCACGGACAUCACCUCAGUCGGAACUCCCUUUGCUCGGACCAGUGUGAAAAGCACAAAGAACGACAGCUCCUCCUACUUUCGGCGCAAGGAGAAGCGCCUGCGAUUCUUCAUCCGCCGCAUGGUGAAGGCCCAGAGCUUCUACUGGAUCGUGCUGUGCGUGGUGGGGCUCAACACGCUGUGUGUAGCCAUCGUGCAUUAUGACCAGCCAGAGUGGCUCAGCAAAGCCCUGUACUUGACCGAGUUUGUGUUCUUGGGCCUGUUUUUGAUGGAGAUGACCCUGAAGAUGUAUGGGCUUGGGCCUCGAAACUACUUCCAUUCUUCCUUCAACUGCUUUGACUUUGGGGUGAUUGCGGGAAGCAUCUUUGAGGUGGUCUGGUCCCUCAUCAAGCCUGGGGCCUCGUUUGGUAUCAGUGUCCUGAGAGCCCUCCGCUUGCUCCGGAUCUUCAAGGUCACAAAGUACUGGAACUCCUUGAGAAACCUGGUCGUCUCUCUGCUGAGCUCCAUGAAGUCCAUCAUCAGCCUGCUCUUUCUCCUCUUUCUCUUCAUUGUGGUCUUUGCUCUCUUGGGCAUGCAGCUCUUUGGAGGCCAGUUUAACUUCGAACAGGAGACCCCAACAACAAACUUUGAUACCUUUCCUGCCGCUAUCCUCACUGUUUUCCAGAUUCUGACUGGAGAAGACUGGAAUGCAGUGAUGUAUCAUGGGAUAGAGUCCCAGGGAGGGGUCAGUCGGGGGAUGUUCUCAUCCAUCUAUUUCAUUGUCCUCACGCUUUUUGGAAACUACACGCUUCUCAAUGUCUUCUUAGCCAUCGCUGUUGACAACCUGGCCAAUGCGCAGGAGCUCACGAAGGAUGAAGAAGAGCAGGAGGAAGCAGCCAAUAAAAAGCUUGCUCUCCAGAAGGCUAUGGAGGUAAAGGAGGUCAGCCCCAUGUCAGCAGCAAACAUUUCAAUUUCAGCUUUUGUAAAGCAAAAUCAAGGUGCGCUCUCUCUCAGCUCCUCCCUCUCCAGCGUUAAUUCACCCAAAGAGCAGCAGAAAUCCAUGCGGAUGAUGUCAGUGUGGGAGCAGCGAACGACACAGCUUCGCCGGCACAACCUGCGCGCCAGCAAUGAGGCCCUGUACAGCGAGUUGGAUCCUGAGGACCGCCGCCGUGUGUCCUCCACCCUGCACAUCAGGCCUGACAUGAAGACUCACCUGGAGCGUCCCCUGGUGGUAGAGCCACACAAUGGCGAAACCUGUGACAGCAGCGGAGGCAGCAGUGGCAGCAACGGGGAUGUGCCAAAAGAGGAUGAUUGGGUGAGGGGAAGUGAGAAGGGGACUGCCAGGGAGCCACUGUCCUCCCAUCACCCCCGCAAGCACCAUCGGCGGCGGGAGCAUCCUCCCGGUGAAGGCGAUGGUGCUGGAGAGGCGGGUGUGGGGAAGGAUGGCCGGCGUCAUGCCCACCACGGCCGUGGUGGCGAGAGCAAGGCGGAGCAGGGCCACGGUGGCCAACGGCGGCACCAUCAUCAGGGAGCACCAGACAAAGGGGGCGGAGCCAAUGAGAGGGAGCACCGCCGGCACCAUGGCCACCGUCAACCCAAGGAGGGUAAUGGUGUGCUCAGUGGGGGAGGCAAGGCGGAGCACCGUGGGCGGCACAGGGAGGCUGACAGGACAUCAGCAGAGCCCCAAGUGGAGGCCGAAGGGAAUGGAGAAAGGAGGAGACAUCGGGUUCGCCACGUCAAAGCCCAGUCUACCAUCGAUGGGGAGGAGAGCAAAGACAGUGGGCAGAGGGAUGGCACCAAGGCCCGCCGGCACAGGGAAAGACAGGUGGACAUUGUGGUGAGUGUUGCCCCUCUCAGCCUUCACGCAGCUGCUGGAGACAAGCAGGAAGAUGUCGACAAUCAAAAGAACAUCCUGCGUUCCAGUCAGACUGCUGUCCACAUCCCAGUCACCAUCACUGGCCCCCCUGUGGAGACUACCAUCAUACCCAUGAACAACAUUGACUGUGAAUCCCUCCCACCAAAUGAAGAGAAGAAGAUCCUGGAGGACCAGACAGCGAACGGUCCCCAGCAGAUCCCAUCCUACAGAUCCAUGUUUGUGUUUGGUCAGAACAACCCGGUUCGCUGCUUGUGCCACUACGUGGUAACGCUGCGCUACUUUGAGAUGUGCAUCCUGAUGGUCAUCACGAUGAGCAGCAUCGCACUGGCCGCUGAGGACCCUGUGCAGGCCACUUCUCCACGCAAUAACGUGCUCAAGUACCUAGACUACAUCUUCACAGGCGUCUUCACUUUUGAGAUGGUGAUUAAGAUGAUUGAUCUGGGCCUCUUGCUUCACCCUGGCUCUUACUUCCGGGACCUGUGGAACAUCCUGGACUUCAUUGUGGUCAGCGGUGCCCUGGUGGCUUUUGCGUGCACGGGGACAAAAGGCAAAGAUAUCAACACCAUCAAGUCCCUCCGGGUUCUCCGGGUCCUGCGACCUCUGAAGACCAUCAAACGGCUCCCCAAACUCAAGGCUGUGUUCGACUGCGUGGUCAACUCUCUGAAGAACGUGCUCAACAUCCUCAUCGUCUACAUACUCUUCAUGUUCAUCUUCGCCGUCAUCGCCGUGCAGCUGUUCAAGGGCAGGUUCUUCUACUGCACCGAUGAGUCCAAGAGUCUGGAGAAGGACUGCAGGGGAGAAUUUUUGGACUAUGACAAGGACGAGGUGUCGGCCAAGCCACGGGAGUGGAAGAAGUACGAUUUCCACUAUGACAACGUGCUGUGGGCGUUCCUCACCCUCUUCACUGUCUCCACUGGCGAAGGCUGGCCCAUGGUGCUGAAGCACUCAGUCGAUGCCACUUACGAGGACCAGGGCCCAAGUCCAAGCUUCCGCAUGGAGACGUCUAUCUUCUACGUGGUCUACUUCGUGGUCUUCCCCUUCUUCUUUGUCAACAUCUUCGUGGCCCUGAUCAUCAUCACUUUCCAGGAGCAGGGAGACAAGGCCAUGUCGGAUUGUAGCUUGGAGAAGAACGAGAGGGCCUGCAUUGACUUCGCCAUCAACGCCAGACCCCUCACGCGCUACAUGCCCCAGAACAAGCAGUCCUUCCAGUAUAAGAUGUGGAAGUUUGUGGUAUCGACACCCUUCGAGUAUUCCAUCAUGGCCAUGAUCGCCCUCAACACGGUGGUGCUCAUGAUGAAGUUCUAUAAAGCUCCUGAAGAGUACGAGAACAUGCUGAGGUUCCUGAACAUGAUCUUCACGGCCCUCUUCUCACUGGAGUGCAUCUUUAAGAUCAUCGCCUUCGGACCUCUUAACUACAUGAAGGAUUCCUGGAACGUGUUUGACUUUGUGACCGUGCUAGGAAGCAUUACAGAUAUCUUGGUCACAGAGAUCAAGAUGAUAAGCAAAGACAAGCAGAUUAACCUGAGCGUCCUAAGGCUGUUCCGGGCUGCCCGGCUCAUCAAGCUCCUCCGUCAGGGCUACACCAUUCGCAUCCUCCUCUGGACCUUUGUGCAGUCCUUCAAGGCCCUGCCCUACGUGUGCCUUCUGAUCGCCAUGCUGUUUUUCAUCUACGCAAUCAUUGGGAUGCAAGUUUUCGGGAACAUCGUGCUCGAUGACAGAACCUCCAUCAACCAUCACAACAAUUUCCGCACCUUCUUCCAGGCACUCAUGCUGCUCUUCAGGAGUGCCACCGGGGAGGCCUGGCACGAUAUCAUGCUUUCGUGCCUCAGCCUACGGGACUGCGACAGCGCAUCCGGCCUCGAAAAAAAGGAGUGUGGCAGCGACUUCGCUUAUUUCUACUUUGUCUCCUUCAUCUUCCUUUGCUCCUUCCUGAUGCUGAAUCUGUUUGUAGCCGUCAUCAUGGAUAACUUUGAAUACCUGACCCGGGACUCGUCCAUAUUGGGGCCGCAUCACCUGGAUGAAUUCAUCCGCGUGUGGGCAGAUUACGACCCUGCUGCUUGUGGCCGCAUCACCUACCUCGAUAUGUACGAGAUGCUGCGCCACAUGUCCCCCCCUUUAGGCUUGGGAAAGAAAUGUCCGCCCCGAGUGGCCUACAAGCGGCUGGUGAGGAUGAACAUGCCCAUCGCUGAAGACAACACGGUGCACUUCACCUCCACCCUCAUGGCCCUCAUCCGCACGGCGCUGGAGAUCAAGCUGGCGUCAGGUGUGGUGGCCCAGCGGCUCUGUGACGCCGACCUCAAGAAGGAGAUCAGCAACGUGUGGCCCAGCCUGCCUCAGAAGACCCUAGACCUGCUAGUCACGCCUCAUAAACACAAUGAGCUGACUGUGGGUAAAGUGUACGCUGCCCUCAUGAUCUUUGACUACUACAAGCAAAACCGUGCCAAGAAACUCCAACAGCAGCAGCAACUCUCUGGGGUCAACCAGGGUAAAAUGAGCAUGGGUGCCCUCUUCAGGCCCAUCCUGCCACUGACACACCUCCAAGACCAAGAGCCCCCUGCCAGUGUCUCCACACCAGGAAUGAAAGCGGAACCGCAGACCAAGCCCCCGCCGGAUGUGCCCCCCGCCAUGCUGUCUCUGACCAAUGGCACUGCAGGCCAAGGCCCGGCCAGCACCCGUAAAGAGUCCCCCCCCAGAGUGAGAGAGAAGUCUCGUGAAGUACCUCGAGGACAGGGGAGACGGACCCCCCAGAGGGACCAGUCGGAGGAGCCCCCCCCCCGAAUCAAAGCUCAGGAAUCGGUGGAGAUGAUGGAGAUGCAGCAUGACACCAAUGACGGAAGCCUCUCUGGGUUGGAGAGCCAGGGACGGGCAGCGUCCAUGCCCAGGCUGAAUGCCCAGGGUCAGCCACUUCCGGACGCCAGCCCCAUGAAGCGCUCCGUGUCCACCCUCGCACCACAGCACCACCCCCCGGAGAUCGAUCUGCGUGACUAUGCCCUGGAGCGGCCGGCCCAGGAGCGGCCUCACCACCACCAUCACCACCACCGCUGCCACCGGCGCCGCGAGAGGGAGAGAAAGCAGCGGUCGCAAGAGUGGACGGCCGGAUCACAGCAUGCGACCCUUGCUGAAUCCCCCGGAGAGCCGGAGGGGGCGCUAUCCUCGUGGCAGCGGGUACCAGAGCGGGGGCGCUCGCAUGAGCGCAAGCCGCCGCCCUCAUCAUCCACGGGGGGCGAGAGGAAGCAGCGGUACUACUCCUGUGACCGCUACGGCAGCCGCGAGCUGUGCCACCCCCGGUCAGCUGCUGCCAGUCGCUCCACCUCCCCCAGCGAGGCCUCAGAGCUGGGUCUGAACAAGCAGGGCAGUGGUUCCACUAGGGGGAGCCUGGUAACCCUGACUUCCGGGGGCAGCACCCCCAGCCGCGGACGUCGCCAGCUGCCCCAGACCCCCCUCACCCCCCGGCCCAACGUGGCGUACAAGACCGCCAACUCCUCCCCCGUGCUGCUGGGGACGGCGCGUGCCACUCUGCCCGCCCCCAGCUCAUCUGGAUGGGACGCGCUCCACCAACGUGGCGGCGCCCAGCCCGAGAAGGCAGACGUUUUCCAGGACGCGCUCGGCUAUCAGGGGGUGUGCCCUGCUCAGACUUCUGGCCCCCAGGGCCUGGCGCUGCACCCGCCAGCCCAACGCGGCCGGGGCGUCCCCAAUGGGUACCACUUUGCCUUGGGAAUCCCAGCGGGGUCCAGCUCUGCCACCAGGGGGCGCAGUCGCCAUCAGGAGAAGGAGGAUGAUUGGUGCUAGUGUGGCUUAAAUGCCAAAAAAAAGAGAUCAGUGAUAAGUUUUGACGAGAUGAGUUUUAUCAUCUUUACAGAGGCAGCAGUUUACACUGGCGUGUGUGUGUGUGUGCGUGUGUGUGUGCGCACUUAGCUUUGGGUAAUUCUGUGUAUGUAUGCAUGUGUAUCUGUUUUCAAAAGUGCAUAAUAGAGAAGUAAAAGAUGCAGUUAUAGGGUAAAAAAGGAGAAAAUCUUUAGCAACCAGUGACCUGAAAUGAGUCGCAACGGCAGAAAAAAAAAAGUUUUUCCUUUCAUUUGUGGUGGAGAAGGAAUAUCCUCUCCUGAUUUGGGGCCAUAAGAAGGAAACAAAAUAUACAGCGUUUCUGUGGAUUAUUCGUCCCUUUGUGAGACGAGUCAUUAACGGGAAUGCCAGCAUCCCCAUCUCGUCUGGGGCAGAAAAAACUUAGAUGCAGAUGCUUUUUAUAAGGAGACAGGAGAGCUAAAGACGGCACAAUGACUGCUGCUGGGACGCUUCCUUCUGUUCCGACGCUGUAGGAUUUUAUAGGUGAGAACUUCUUAUGUAAUGAUAGCAGAUGUACAGGAAGGAUAGUGUUCACUGUAGGUGACAUCUGGAGUUUGCUGCCGUUUCCCGGAAACGCCGGCAGAGUUUGUGAACAAACUAUUUGUAUUUCCUAAUACAGAAAGGAAUGGAAAAUAAAACUUCCUUUUGAUUUCCGACAAGUUAGGGUAGACCUUGCCUUUCAGUCGCGUGCGUUUCUGUAGACUAAACAGGACAGUGUUCUUUGUGAAUUUUCGUGUCAUUAUGUAACAUUGUCAGAUCGAGAGUCUCCCACGUCCUGCUCCAGCUGAUGAUUACCAAGUGCCUGACCUUCUAAAUGUCUUAUAGAAACAAUGCAAGCUUUUCAUUUUUAAAACAUUUUUUUGAUCGCUUUAGCAUUUGGGUGGGAGGUGUGUAAAAGUAGUGAUAAGGGAUUUUUAUUAACCAUGUUAGAUGCAGACAUUAGUUGUAAGCUGUGAGAUGCGUAACGAUAUUUCUCUAGUAUUUUAAAUUAUAUAUUGUACCUAGAUGAUAAAGGACUUUAAUAAAAUAGUGCCAAAUUGAGAGGAAUAUAUCAAGAUAUCAUAGUGCAUGUCUGGAAUAAUAGAAAUGUGUGGUUAAAGCCACAUCUGCCAGCUAAAACAGCCAGAAUUACUUAGACGGACCCAACUGUACGGGGGUGGUGGGCUCACUGGUUGUGGUCGGUAUGUGUGGAGGGUCUUCCCCUGCUCAGGUUAUAUGUUGUCAGCUUUCGUGUAACCAGUCCCGAAACCUUGAGUCCAAGCUCUGGCACUCGGACACUGGGUCCCUCUAUUCCUCUUAAGUCUCCAUGAUCCCCCCCACCAAUGGCGCCCUCCCAGAAGCCUCUUCCUGUGCCCAGAGUUGGGGUUAUAUUCCGCCCAGAGGAAGGGAUUACCCCAAGCGUUCAGGUUUAUGGGGUCAGCGAUGCCACUUUUUAGGACAUUCAUCCCAGUAACGUGAAAGGGGACUUUCUUACUGUAGGUGGCCGGUUUUGCUUUAGGACGCGCCGUUCGCUACGAAAUCCCAGCCGCCGAUGGUUCAUGGUGAGUAGGGUGUCAAGUCAACGGGAGAGUCGCGAAUCACAUGGAUUCUGUGACUGUAACACCAGCUCAGGUUUUAGUAGUAGGUCGAUGUGCGUCGAUCUCUCCGAGUAGUGUUCCGUUUGUGCCAUCGCCAUCCUGGCAAGGCUAUGUAUUUUUCUCCAUUUACACCCCCCCCCCCCCCC